AAGUUUUCAUCUUUUACUUCAAUUCUUCUCAUCUACUCUUUCAAUUCCUCUUUGCUCUAGUGAAAUUUAUUAUUUUUAUGAAAACAAUAAGUUCCAACAGCUAAGCUAAAAUCUGGACAAAUGGGAGUUGAAGAUAACAACACUGAAUAUUCGAGUUUACACGAGGGAGGUUCUCCAAAUGUGAAGAACUACACUAAGGUUUCAUUUAUCCCUCUAACAUUCCUUAUAUUCUAUGGAGUCUCCGGGGGACCUUUUGGCGUUGAAGACACUGUCCGUGCAGCCGGUCCUCUUUUAGCACUACUCGGUUUUCUAAUCUUUCCUUUUAUAUGGAGUAUCCCAGAAUCCUUAAUAACUGCAGAAUUGAGCACAAUGUUUCCUGAAAAUGGAGGUUAUGUUGUUUGGGUUUCGACGACUUUAGGUCCUUAUUGGGGAUUUCAAUUAGGAUGGGUGAAAUGGAUGAGUGGUGUAGUUGAUAAUGCAUUGUACCCAAUUUUGUUUCUAGACUACAUUAAAUCUGCUGUUCCAGCAUUGGCAAAUGGUGUUCCAAGAACGAUCGCGAUCUUAGCUAUAAUUAUAGCACUCACUUAUUUGAAUUACAGAGGUUUAACUUUAGUUGGUUGGGUUGCUACAAUAUUAGGAAUAUUUACUCUCCUUCCUUUUGGAAUUAUGGGACUUAUCGCGCUUCCAAAAUUAGAGCCUUCAAGAUGGUUCGUCGUAGACUUGGAAAAUGUACAAUGGGGAUUGUAUCUAAAUACACUUUUCUGGAAUUUGAACUAUUGGGAUGCAGUUAGUUGUAUGUCAGGAGAAGUAGAGAAUCCUGGGAAAACACUUCCCAAGGCUAUAUUCUAUGCACUUCCCUUAGUUGUCUCUGGCUAUUUUUUUCCUCUUUUAUUUGGCACCGGAGCUGUUCCAUUACAUCGCGAUCUUUGGAGUGAUGGUUAUUUCUCGGAUAUUGCUAAGAUCAUUGGAGGAGUUUGGUUAAGAUUAUGGGUUCAAGGGGCGUCGGCUGUGUCAAAUAUGGGAAUGUUUUUGGCUGAAAUGAGUGGUGAUUCUUUUCAGCUUUUGGGAAUGGCAGAACGAGGGAUGCUACCUGAUUUUUUCGCUAAGAGAUCGCGUUAUGGAACUCCUCUUAUUGGAAUCUUGUUUUCUGCAUCAGGUGUUGUACUUCUGUCCUGGCUUAGUUUUCAAGAGAUUGUGGCUGCAGCCAACUUUCUGUAUUGUUGUGGAAUGAUUGUGGAAUUUAUAGCUUUUGUGAAGUUAAGGAUAAAAUAUCCAGCAGCAUCAAGACCUUAUAGGAUUCCCUUAAGCACAGUUGGUUCAAUUUUAAUGUGUGUGCCACCAACCUUAUUUAUUCUUGUGGUUAUGGCACUAUGUACAUUUAAGGUCAUGAUUGUCAGUUUCUUGGUUAUUCUUGUUGGGAUUAUUUUGCAGCCUUGCCUAGUUUAUUGUGACAAAAAGAAAUGGUUAAGUUUCUCUGUUAGCUCUGAUCUUGUAGAUCUGCAGUCAAGUGGUCAUCUGGUUGGUGAGGCCUAAAGUGGUGAAUGAUAUUUCCCGGCGCAUACUCGGGUAAGUCGGGCCCCUAGGCGGGUACCGGACAACCAGUGGGAAAUCACAAAAAAGAGAAAAAAAAGAGCCUUCUGUUUUCUUGAUGUUAGAAGCAUUGAAUUUGCUGUAUAUUUUCUUUUUUGUUGGUUGUGGGAUAUCUUAGUAUGUUGAGCCCGUGACAAUUGUAAACAUUGAGUGUGCAACUCACUCUGCUUAAUUGGUUUGUAUUCAAGUGUUUGAAUCACUAUCAUUGUGCUA